AUGAAAUUUAAAAUUCAAACACAAGAGACACUUUCUACAGCAAUUAAAAUAAAACGCCUUAAACAAAAGCUCAAGCGUGAUGAUUGCAAGAAGGAUUUAAAAACAAAGGAAAACGGGUUUAGAUUAAUUAAUAAAACACCAGAAUCAUUUAAAACUGAGCUUGAAAUCAAACACAUUAACUGCCAGCUUAAAAAUCACCAACUUAAAUUUAGGCCCGAAAUAAAAUCUUCAAUUUCAUUACCUAAUAAACUCCGACGAAAGACAAAAAAUAAAUCUUUGCCAAGCUUCCUAAACCAACCUACCAUUGUACCUCAAAUUGUUGAGGAGACUAAAGCAAAUUCUUAUACACAAACCGCUGGUAAAAAUUAUCCUAAUGCAUCAUUACAUUCAAAUCGUGAUGUUAAUGCUAGCAUAUCAGAUUUAUUAUAUUUCCCAGAUAUUUCUCGAUUUAGUUUGAAUUAA